GAAUGACUUAAUAUCUUUAUUUUUAUAAAUGUUUCUUAAAACAUUUAUUAAAACAUUCUUAAACAUUAAAACAUUCUUAAAACAUUUAUUAAAGUGGUUGGAGAUAAAUUUUGAUGGCUGUUCCUCUCACUGCUUAGAGCUUAGGUAGUGAGAUUUUAGUCCAUCAUAUAUCCAAGCUGACUUGUUUUCACUCAGGGCACCAUGGGGAUGGGUUGGCCGUCCGUUAGUGUCUUCUGAUUUUUGCGGAGUCAAACAAUUACAAAGCAGGUGGUGAUUCUAGGUUAAGACAAUGUACCUGUGAUUGAAAAAUAAAACAAAACUAACAUUAAAACAUAAGGAUGUGUAAGUUUAUUGACAAUCCUUUGACUGCAAUAGUAUUUGAAUAGCACUGACCUAGGGCUAUGAAAGAAAGUGGUUUAGUAAAUUGAGAGUUUCUGAAACAAUAACUGAAGUCAUUCAUGUUUACAUUUUAAGUUGUUUAAUCAUUUUGUACUGAUGAGUUUCUACUGAUCAAUUUUCUACCGAGUGGUUGCUUACACAUUUUAGGUUAGUAUUAAAAAUGUAUUUUUCGGGGUACCUGGGUGGCUCAGUCAGUUAAGCGUCCGACUUCACCUCAGGUCAUGAUCUCACGGUUUAUGAGCCCUGCAUUGGGCUCUGUGCUGAUAGCUCAGAGGCUGGAGCCUGCUUUGGAUUCUGUGUGUUUUUCUCUGCUCCCUCCCCUGCUUGUGCUCUCUCUCUCUCAAAGAAUAAAUAAACAUUUUUAAAAAAUGUAUUUUUCUUCACAGCAUGAAAGUAGAUGGAAAUUAAAGAUGGAAACAGACUUCUCCUCAGAAAGGGUUUAUAGAAUCAACUUGCAGGGUGUCUGGUGGCUCAGUUGGUUAAGCAUCUGAUUUCAGCUCAGGUCAUGAGCUCGAGGUCCGUGAGUUUGAGACCUGCAUUGGGCUCUGUGCCAACAGCUCAGAACCUGAGACCUGCUUCGGAUUAUGUGUCUCCCUCGCUCUCUGCCCCUCCCCCACUCAUGCUCUGUCUCUGUCUCAAAAAUAAACAUUAACAAAAAUUUUUUAAAAGAAAUGCAAGAAAAUUAGUUAAAAAAACCUUGCAAAAAUGUAAGAGGCAGGAAGAGUAAAAUAUUUUCUUUCAUCAUUCUUAGAUUCUUUGCUAGAUUGUAAACUCCAUGAAAGCAGGAAAACUUCCUUAUCUGUAAUGCCUGGCUUAGAGUAGAUACUCAAAAAUAUGUGAAGUGAAACCUCCAUUAGAUAUUUUUUUAAGUUCCUGGAAAAUGGCACCCUUUUUAAUGGCAUUUUGGCAAGACAUUUACAUGUAAUAAUUGGGACUUAAAUUUUGCCUCUGAUGAAAAAUGUAUAUAUAGGUACAUUGUAUAUAUAGGUACAUCUGGGUACCAGUGAGUCUACCUAAAAGUCUUAAUACUUGGGGUGCCUGGCUGGCUUAUUGGUAGAGCAUGCUGCUCUUGAUCUUAGUGUUGUGAGUUCAAGACCCAAGCUGGGUGUAGAGAUUACUUUGAUUAUGAUGCUUGAUCCUUUAAGGGUCAAUGAAGAAUGGCUGCCAAAACAAACUGGGUUUGAGGAAUAAUUAUAUAAAAGCUUAUAUUUAUGUAUGUAUGUAUGUUUAUUUAUUUUUCUGAGAGAGAACCAGCAGCAAAGGGGGAGAGAGAGGGGGACAGAAGGUCCAAAGUGGGCUCUGUGCUGACAGUAUAGAGUCCAGUGCAGGGCUUGAACUCAUGAACCAUGAGAUUAUGACCUGAGCUGAAGUCGAUUGAAGUCUUAACCGACUGAGCCACCCAGGCACCCCAAAAGCUUACUGAUAUUUAAUAGGAUAUCUUUUAUUAUGAGCAUUUUAUUUAUAGUCUUAAUUGGACAUUUAUCAUUGAUUUAAGUUUUACAGAGCACUCAGGUAUGGUUAAAAAGUCAUUAUUUCUGCUUUAUAGUUAAUGUUGAAAUACUUAUAAUUGUUUUGGCUAAAUUAUACUGUAAAGAAUUUUUUGCCCUACAUAGUAUAUUUAUAUCCCUGAGGAUAUAUUUUACUUGCAAGGGAUAUAACAUACAAAUUCAGGUAUUGGAAGUCUAGUACUUAUCCCUGUGAUUUGAAAUGGGAUUUAAUACUCAUACUAGAAUUAUAGAAAUGGUACGUCACUAUAAUAAUUUGUUAGAAUUUGAAAUCUAAUUUUUAGAUUAGGAUUCUUCCAUUAAAAUGAAUAUAAGUAUCAAAUUAGUUUAGAGUAGAUCAUGCUAACAUUCUAAGAUUCAAUGAUAACAGGAGAGAUUACUAUUUUGAAAUUUUUAGAGCAAUGUGGUAUAUACUCCGUAUAGCUGAUAGAUACUUAAUAUCUACCCAAGAUCAAUAUCAAACUUUAUGAUAAAAAAAUCAUUUUUGAAAUGUGAAGAUAAUCUGUAAUUAAAUGGUAUAAAUAAUGCGUAAGCACAAAUUAUAGAGUUUAUCCAGAUCCUUAUAUUAGGAAGAAUGGAUCAAACAUCUAUAAAUGAAAAGCAAAACUUUAAACCUAUAGAAAAACAAGGAAUAUGAUGACAUUGGAAUAGACUUAAGCACCAAAAGGAAAGAUUGAUAAAUUCGUAUAUAGUAAAAUUAAAACUUAGGUUUACAUACCAUGUAAUCAACAAAAGACUCCAAAGAAAUAUAGAAAUGAUCAAAGGAUAUGAAUGAGUAAUUCACAGAUGAGGAUCUCUGAGUAGUCAGUCACCUGAAAAGAUGCUUAAUCUCACUAAUAAUCAAAGAAUUGGCAUGUUAAAACAUUGAGAUGCCAUUUUACUGCCAUCAUAAGGGCAAAAAUGAAAACAAAACCAGAAAAAUGACACUUGCAUAUGUUGCUGAGUCUGAAGCAGUGUGCUCUCAUUUUUGCUGGUGGUAGUGAAAUUUAUUUGAAGUUGAUUAUACACAAAUCCAGUCUCUGGGUAUUAUGUUCUAUAGGAAUUCUUGGCAUGUGUAUUCAAGAAGACAUGUAUAGAAAGUUUAUUGAAGUAUUGUUUUUAAUUUUAAAAACCUGGAAGAAAUGUCCAUUAGAAGAAUGGAUAAAUUGUGGUAAAUUUUUAGAAUUUGGCUGUUAAAAUGAAUUAGUGAAAGGUAUGUGUAUUAACAUGACUACAUGUCAAAAACAGUUAAUAAAAUAGCAAAGUGAUGCAUACUAUGAUAAGUAGUUUUAGGACAUGCAAAAUAAGAUUUUAGUAGUUUAAGGACAUGCAAAACAAGAUUGAUAUAUACAUAUAUACUAAAAGUAUAAAAGCAUGCAUGAGAAUGAUAAAUACCAAAAUCUGGCUUGUUUACCUCUGGAGAGGUAGAAGAAAAUGGGGAGGCUUCAGUUAUAUUUAUAAUAUGUUACUUCAUUUAAAAGAAAAUCAAAUGUGAGAAAGAUUUCAGUUUAUUAAAGCUGCAUGAUGGUCAUUUGUCACAUUUUUUGUAUGCUUGAUAUUUAAUAAUAAAAACCAAUAUUUAAAAAAAAAUUUAAUGUUUAUUUUUGAGAGAGAGGGACAGAGUAUGAGUGGGGGAGAGGCAGACACAGAAUCCAAAGCAGGCGCCACGCUCUGAGAGGUCAGCAGAGAGCCUGAUCUGGGGCUUAAACUCACAAACCGGGAGAUGAUGACCUGAGCUGAAGUCUGAUGCUUAAUUGAGCCAUCCAGGUACCCCAAAAACCAGUAUUUUAAAAAGUUCUGUUUGGUGGAUGGGUCUCUGUAUCUCAGCCUUGAUUGAUUUUAGUAAUCUCAUCCCCAGGAGCCCUCCAGAAAAGAGCCAGUGAAGGCAGUGAAAGGUUUGCCAUAACAAGAGGACACAAUGCCACUAAGAAGGAGGCUUUUAGCCAAAUGGGUUGGAAAUGUGAAACUGACUCUAGAGGAAAUUUGAGACUGACUUUGAAACUGACUUAGUUUUGAAACCCUAAGGUUUGGGGAAUCAAUGGUCUUGAUGAAGAAGCAGGAAGAGAUCAUGUUGCAGUACAACGGAUUCUUUUCAGCAUCUGGAGACCUCACUUUCUAUUAUGUCUUUGUGUGAAGACAUGCUGCUUUGUAAUUAUCGCAAGUGUCGUCUCAAACUCUCUGGUUAUGCGUGGGUCACUGCCUGCUCUCACAUCUUCUGUGAUCAGCAUGGCAGUGGUGAGUUUAGUCGUUCACCAGCUAUCUGCCCUGCCUGCAACAGUACCCUUUCUGGAAAGCUAGACAUUGUCCGCACAGAACUCAGUCCAUCAGAGGAAUAUAAAGCCAUGGUAUUGGCAGGACUUCGACCAGAGAUUGUGUUGGACAUCAGCUCCCGUGCACUGGCCUUCUGGACGUAUCAGGUACAUCAGGAGCGUCUCUAUCAAGAAUACAAUUUCAGCAAGGCUGAGGGCCAUCUGAAACAGAUGGAGAAGAUAUACACUCAGCAAAUACAGAGUAAGGAUGUAGAAUUGACCUCUAUGAAGGGGGAAGUCACCUCCAUGAAGAAAGUGCUAGAAGAAUAUAAGAAAAAGUUCAGUGACAUCUCUGAGAAACUUAUGGAGCGAAAUCGUCAGUAUCAAAAGCUCCAAGGCCUGUAUGAUAGCCUCAGGCUGCGAAACAUCACUAUUGCUAACCAAGAAAGUAUGCUGGAACCAUCCAUGGUUGCACAAUCUGGUGUUUUUGGCUUUCCAUUAGGGAACAACUCCAAGUUUCCUUUGGACAGUACACCAGUUCGAAAUCGGGGUGGUGGAGAUGGAGAUUUUCAGUUCAGACCAUUUUUUGUGGCUUCUCCCACAGCACCUGAACCCAGCAACAGCUUUUUUAGUUUUGCCUCCCCAGGUCGUGAAGUAGAGCAGCAGCAAAUCUCUAGCAGGGCCUUUAAAGUGAAAAGAAUUUAGCUCAUUUUACACAAUGUUUCUCUCAUCACUUUCAGUGGUCUCAUUUAGCAAAUUACCUUUAUUCUAGUUAGGGUAGGAGUCCCCAUCAUUGUGCUGUUAUAUUUUUAUGAGAGACUCAGUGUCUGUAGGAAUGGCUUUAGAGUCUAGUUUCUUUUUCUGUUUCCAUUAUUUAAGACAUGAGCAUUAUAUUAAACUCAAUUUUAUUGUGAACUGUUAAGUUUUCACCAGCAAUGAAAAGGGUAUAUUUUUGACUGUUUUGUGGAUCACCAUUUGUUUUCUUUCUGGACUACAUGCUUAUUUAUGAUGUAUGUGUAUAUAAGCACUGUGGUAUAUGUCUACAUGUCACUUUGGGUUCUGGUAUUUAUGCAUAUAUGUAUAUAUGUGUUCCUUUAUAUUGGUAUUUUGCUGUGUUUGCCAGUGUAUUUAUAAGAAGAUUUUGGUCUCUGGAAAUGGCAGGUGAAUCUGUAGUUCGUUAUUUGGCCAUGUAUAUCUAUUUGUAUAUAUUUAUUUAUUUGCCCUUGUUAGUUUGUGGAGGUGUGUUCAUGUCAGUGAAUGAGAGUACAAUUUGAUGCAUGUAUAUGAAGUCUUAUAUUUCUUUUUUAAAAUGAUUCAUAUUGAUAAAGUUAUUUUGUAAAGUUGAUUUUUGGCAUUUAUUUUAAAAUGAAAUUACUUUUUCUUUACCCUUUUGCCAGCAGUUGCCUUGGGCCUACUUACGCAGAAAAUUUAAACAAUAUAUUAUUGAUCUCAAGAGAUUAUAUUAAUUAAAAUACUUUUAAAGAUUUA